AUGAAACUAAAUUUGGUCUUCCUAGGAUUGAUCAUUUUUGUCAAUGCAGGCAUAGAAUAUCUCCCUAGAGGGAUGAAAUGGAAGUGGUAUUUCCCAACUCCAGAUGUUGUUAAUUUUGAACUAUGGAUUCCUCAUGAAACUCACCAAGGUUUUGAUUGGCAAGGAAUAGCAAUUCAAGACGUUAGAGAUCCUAGAGACAAUUUCAAGUGCGAUUAUUUCAUUGCUUUCUAUAAAGAAGGUGGAUUUACUGAUAGAUAUUCUGAAGCUAACGGACUCCCACCGUUAGAUGAAGUAUAUGGAGGUACACAAGAUAUUACUUCUGAAAAAUUCGAUAUUGAUGGAUAUACAGUUUUUACUCUUAACAGAAAACUUCUUACAGGCGAUAUUUACGAUGUUCCAUUUGACUAUGGCCGACCAUAUCUUCUUAAAUGGUCAAUAGGAAAUUUCAACGAAAAAGGAGAAAUUCAAAGGCACACCAUGGACAACAUGGGAAUGGAAUAUUUUGUUCUCACUGAACAGUAUCAUGAUAGAAAUCACGAUGAAAGAGGAAAAUAUGGACCUUGGGUCGAAUAUCCACCUGAAGAUGAAAACUUACCUGACGUUAGGAACCCACAAUAUAAAGAAUGGAGCUUAAUGGUAGAAGAUAUGUUCCCUAUUCCUCCUGAGUCUUCUACAGGAGCUUUUGCAUCUGAUAAAGAUAACGAAUUUGAGCCAAAAAGAGAAAAACGUUCCUCAUCUACUGGAGCUGGCCUAUCAGGAUUCUUCAAAAAUUAA